AUGGGCGAUGUCAAUGGCUGGAAGGGAACGAGUCCGGGUCCUGGCAACCUACGGGGUAGAGGGCAGAAGGGCAGAAAGUAUUAUCAUAUAUCCAUCCUGUACGAAGUACAGAAUAUUAUCCGGAUAUUCCCACUUUUCACCGCAAUCGAGCCUCCUGUUUCAGCUGUUCCGCACGUUGACGGCGUUGGCCGAGGCGAGAGAAGAGGAAGAAGGCAGAGCGGCGCCAAAGUCACACCUGAAGUAGAAGCACAGUGCCUAUACCGUGCAGGACUGGACAUGUUCUGUGCUCGUACGGGAGCAUUUCGUAGUCGAGUAGCACCAAAGCACCAGGACGCCAGAGCACAAGAAAGACAUAAGAAACAGAGACAGGACAGAGACGGAGACAGUGCCACAGCCAGAGACAGAGACACAGGCGCCGGCUCCGACACCGACUUCCCACCGCCCCAAACCCAAAUCCAAACCCAAACCAGCGAGAAGCCUGAUCCCAUCCAACCUCCAUCUCCGCCUCCGUCGCUGACUCCAGGUCCAACUCCAACGCAACUUGUACGCCUCGUCACUUCCACCUCCGCUUCCUCCUCAUCCCCCGAGCCCAACUUCCCACCUCUUCUCCUUCGUCUCGGCCUCUGCACUUCUGCUCUGUUUGAUCUCAACUCGCAUCUACGAAAGUACAAUCCAGACCAUCAUCCACUGACACUGAUACGCCCUCCUAUGCUCACGGAUCCCGCUCCCCCGCCGUCACUGUUCACCGUCUGGCCAGCCCGUCGACGUCGACGGCCGGACUGA